UUCAUUGCCUUUCUGAAGUCCGUUCAGGCUGCUUCGUUCUUCCCACGAAUUCCGACCGUUGUGUUUUUAGUAGCUUAGUUAAGUUAUUUUCCAAACUUAAGAACAGCUUAUCCAUUUGCGCAAGAUGGGUUGCACUUCUGGAUGCGUUAAGUGUUUUCUCAACACACUCAAUACUCUAAAUGCGCUUUCGGGUCUACUCCUGAUAGCCAUUGCUACGCUUGCCCUCUCGAAAGCCCCUCUCGCUUACAUCGUGUUUCUUUAUGGACUGGGCGGCGUUAUCUUCGUUUCGGCGAUCCUCGGAUGCUGUGGAAUCUGCCAGGAGAACGUGUGCAUGACCGCAACGUACGGAUGCUUACUGGUGGGCCAGCUGAUAUUUAGCUUGCUGGGCACCUUCGGCUUUAAAUUCAGUGAUGAAUACAUUAAGGAGUUUGCCACCGAGGAGGUUCAUCUGAAAUGGAACGAGGAACAGGUGGCACCUGGUGCAAUGGACGUUUACCAGACAUUGUAUGAGUGUUGUGGACGAGAUAGUCCCGACGACUAUGUGGCCAUCGGUCGUCCACACUUACCUCGCAGCUGUUAUCCCGAGCAGAAUACUCUGUCGAUACACUAUCAAGAUGGAUGCGUCCAGAAGACUGGUGAAAGCUUUAUAACUCUUUUCAGCUUUGCAAACGACACCAAUUGGAUUUCAGUGAUCAUUAGCGUUCUCAUGAUAAUUGGUGCCUUUUAUUUGGUCGGACGAUUCCGCAAGCAGCGCAUUCGCUACAGCUACUAAAGACUGAUCUUCUAAAAUAUAUCGAAAAUUAUGCAUUUUGAAUUUAAAAAUACUUUUUAAUAUUGCUCAGUUGUAUACGCAUUUCAGAGAAAUAUAAUAACAUCAUUUGUAUAUGGCGAAACGUAUACCUUUUUCACGAA